UACGGAGGGAAGACCGCCGCGAAGACAUGACUGCGGUUGUGCCACUACCUGAUGGCAAAGAUGAUGUCACUGGAACUAAGACUGUCAUAGACGAGGCGGCAGGUUGCGAUGAAGGUGCUGAAGUAACAUUAGGUGAGGCUUCCAGAAUGAGAUGGCUUUGCUUUUGGCAUGAUGAAGACUGGCAGCGUGGUCGCAAUUGAUGGUGGUAUUGAUCAUGGCUUUGGUCAUGGUUGGAACCCUCCUCUAUGGGUUCGUUAUGAGGCGUCGAAGACCCUGGAAGGGCUUGACUGUGAAUCUCCUCCGUAAGAUGGUUUGCUUCAUCAAUGUUGUCAUCACCAUGUGGUGUCACGCUAAUACCCGGCGUACUCAUGUGUUGACCAAAGACAGUAGUUGAUUGUAGUGGUAGAGUGCUUGGGCUCAAGGGUGGGAAUUCAUGCUCCGACUUUAACUUGACCAAUUGGUGGUCCUGGUGGGGUUGGAAGCUUAGGAUAGAUGGUAUACUUGGAGAGCCUUGCAUUAGAUGGUUGCUACUAUUGCUGCUGUUUGAAUUGCUAUUACUAUGGUAUUGGUUAUUUAACUUGAAAGGACGGCUAGUUGAUGAUGGGGAUGAUGGCGUUGGUCCUGUAGCAGAUGGAUG